AUGAACAAUCACGAAGACCAUUAUGCAUCCUAUUUGCCGUAUACACCAAAGACCGACUCAACAUGUUCAAAAAAGAUAAUCUCUUCUAUGUCUAGCAGUGCGCCGAAAACAUACGGUGAUCGUCCAGUGCCUUUUCAAUUUGAAGAUGAUGGUGAAAAAUACUUUAUUGGAUCUGAAGUCGGAAAUUAUUUGCGAUUGUUUCGUGGCACAUUGUACAAAAAAUAUCCAUCAUUAUGGCGUCGAGUGAUUUCACUUGAAGAAAGAAAAUGGCUUAUUGACUUAGGUUGUUCUGAAUCAUCGUUACCCACCAAUUUAACAUUAUUGCGUGCAAACGAAGUUGAUGAAAUUUUAAAAGGAGAUGAUGAAAAAUAUCGUGCGCUAACAAUGACAUCUGAGCCAGCAACAACCCGAGCGGACAAAUUGAAGCGAGCCGCAUGGGUAUCAAGUUUUCCAACGAAUUCUCAUCAUCUUGACGCUGUUCCCACAGCAACACCAAUUAAUCGAAAUCGAAUAGCAAAUAAAAAGAAAACAUUUCCUCUGUGUUUUGAUUAUACUGAUACGUCAUCAGCGUUAGAAAAUGCUCAACAGUCCGAGGAUCUUGUUCCAAUUCGUCUCGAUAUGGAAGUCGAAGGACAAAAAUUGCGUGACACAUUCACUUGGAAUAAAAAUGAGCAACUUAUUACACCUGAAAUGUUUGCAGAGAUAUUAUGUGAUGAUCUUGAUCUAAAUCCAGUUCCAUUUGUUCCAGCAAUAUCACAAGCUAUCAGACAACAACUUGAUACACAUCCAAUUGAUUCACUGUUGGAAGACAACACUGAUCAAAGAAUAACAAUAAAAGUUAUUAAAUAUACAUGUGGGCAAUGUCUUGGAGGUGAAUUUGUGACCGCAAUUGCGUAUAGUAUACGUGGACAGUUAGCAUGGCAUCAGAAAACUUUAGCAUAUAGUGAAACACCAUUACCAACAGUUGAUGUUGCUAUGCGAACAAAUCAUGAAGCAGAUCAAUUUUGUCCAUUUUUGGAAACUUUAACAGAUGCUGAAAUGGAAAAGAAAAUCCGUGAUCAAGAUCGUAAUACAAGAUAUCUUUAUUAUUAG